AUGGAAGGACCAAGCACAGAAAGUCGAGCAAAGCUUUUCAAGGAGCUUCAGGUGGAAGUCACAGAUUAUAUGAACAAUUUUGACGGCUCUCACGACAUGACUCACAUCCAGCGUGUUCUGAAAAAUGCACAUGAGGUUACGAUGGGUGAACAGAAGCGACAUCCUGAAGUUGCAUAUGAUUUUGCUCUAAUUUUCUUUGGUGCUCUUCUUCAUGAUGUUGGCGAUCAAAAAUACUCCAAACCUGGCCAGGAUAUCACCAAAAUGGUGCAGGAACUCAUCAUAUCCAAGGUGGAGAACUCUCCUGAAAAUAUCAUAUUCGCAGAGAAGGUCCAAAAGAUAUGCACAGGGGUUUCAUAUUCCUCAGAAAUCAAGAACCUUCAGGCAGUCCAGGAUGCUAUCAAGGAAAUACCAGAGCUGGCUAUUGUACAGGAUGCCGAUCGUCUUGACUCUAUUGGAGCAGCAGGAAUUGGACGUACCUUUACGUUUAGUGGAGCAAAGAACCGCAAUAUGCAGGACUCGCGUGAUCUCUUUUCUCACAAGCUAGUGAAGCUUGAGGGUUUGAUGAAAACAGAGACUGGGAGGGAAAUAGCUCAUGAGAGAACUCAGCGGCUUCUGGCUUUUCAGACAUGGUGGGAUGAAGAGAUUGCCGUGCUGAAGGACUGGGACUAUGCAUCUUUGUUCUAA